AAGUACCUACAAUAAUCAACGUGGAAACUUAUAAAGAUGCCACGUGGGAAAAGAUAAGGAACUUCCUGGGCGGUUUUGAAAUUUUGUAUUAAAAUUGGAUACGCUGACAAAUGCUAAACUUCUGAAUCGGGACACAAAGCCGAGACGAACAACAUAAGACUGGUCAUAAUGAGGUCCGAAUUAAUCAUUUGUUUAGGGUUGGCAGUUAUAAGUACAGUUUAUGCACAAUCCGGUGAAUCCGGAUUAAAUAUAGAAGUCCUUCAAGCGCCGCCGCCAGAUUGCGCAAGAAAAGUUAAGAAGCAUGAUAUGGUUGUUUUGCAUUAUGAAGGUUACUUUGAAAAUGGAACGAAAUUUGAUUCAAGUCGGGAAAGAGUGGGAGCUGUUCCAUUCCAGUUUCAGUUAGGACUUGGUGCCGUCAUUAAAGGAUGGGAGCAGGGUUUACUCGACAUGUGUCCUAAUGAAAAAAGAAGAUUAACAAUUCCGUCACAUCUAGCAUAUGGAGAAAAAGGAUCAGGUGAAGUGAUUCCUCCAAAUGCCAAUUUAAUGUUCGAGAUUGAAUUACUGCAAGUCCACGAUGGACCCAAGCCACCAAAUGUAUUCGGAAUGAUUGAUAUUGACAACGAUAAAUUUUUAACAAGAGAUGAGUUGAUCAUGUACCUGUCCCAUCAAGCAGUACAGCAGGGGAUACCAGUCGAUUUAGCCUCUCAGCAACAACAGAAGGUCCUUCACGAUUUAUUUGAAACAGAAGAUAAAGAUAAAGAUGGGAAAAUUUCCCAUGAAGAAUUCACUGGACCAAAACAUGAUGAAUUAUAACGUGAACUAUAAAUUAUUGUAUAUUAUGUUUAUUAAGUUAUUUUGUAUUAAAAUGUUAAAAUAG